AUGACUCUUUCUCAAGCUACCAGCAACGACGACGCAUGGAUUGCGAAGCCCUCAGGGGUGGAAACCUAUAUGAUACAACCGGAGGCAUCAAAAGCGAACGGCAAUAUCUUGCUCUAUUUCCCCGAUGUCUGGGGAAUGUUUACGAACGGGCUCCUGGUAAUGGAUGGAUUUGCGGAUGCAGGAUAUCUAGUUCUUGGCUUGGACUACUUUCGAGGUGAUCCGGUUUGGAAACAUCGUCGAAAUAGGCACGACCGGUCAAAUCCUGGUUUUGACUAUGAGGCAUGGAAGCAAAAGCAUAUGGCCUUUGCAGAUGAAGCAGUCCCACAGUGGAUUGAGGAAGUGAAGCAUAUCUAUGGGAAACCAUCUACCAAGUACGCAUGUGUUGGAUAUUGCUUCGGGGCACCCUAUGUUUGUAAUGAGCUGGCGAUGGAUACUGUGAGUGCUGGUGCGUUCGCUCACCCGGCCUUCUUGAAAGAGUCGCAUUUUGCAAAUAUACACAAGCCUUUGUUCUUGUCCUGUGCAAAGGAAGACCAUACCUUCAACCAGGAAGCACGACGCGCUGCAGUCGACGUCCUGAAUUCUGGAGAGAAAAUCUAUCAGCUCCAGGUUUUCUCAGGCGUUGAGCAUGGGUUUGCUUUGCGAGGGAAUAUGGAAGAUGCCUACGAGCGUUAUGUUAAAGAACAGAGCCUAAAGAGCAUCGUGGAAUGGUUUGAUUUCUGGCUUUCACAGUGA